AUGGCGAACCACAUAAUUCCACCGAUCAACAACGAUGAUAGCAGGAUAGCAGCUACCGGCACGGCAGUCCCAAUGCCUACCACAAACAAGGUCAUGUCGAGCGUUGCGAACCAUGCCCAGCUCCUGCCAACGGGCACGGUGCUGACGGACCAGACAUUGUCCCCAUCCUUCACCAACCAUGGCAAGUGUGAGACCUUCUCGUCCAACCAGUGGCUUACCACGGCACUGGUUAUUGUCCUGGCCUAUGCUUGCAUCUUCUUCUCCUUCACAGACAGCGUCAUUGGCCACCAUGAUGGAAAGCUCUACUAUGGUGUCGCCACCCCGGACGGCUUCAACGUGUUCAACUUCUCCGACGAAGACGAGAAGCGGGAGUGGGCCGGUCUUGAUGAGUUCCGCAGGCUCUGGCUUCGUUUACUGGACUUCGUGCACACCUUCUUCACGGCUGUGGUUUUCCUCACGGUGGCGUUCAGUGAUGUGGGACUGCAGAACUGCUUCUUCCGGGACGCCGGCAGGAAUACCCGGGAGCUGCUGAAGAACUUGCCGCUUGGAAUGGCUUUUUUGUCUAGCUCUAUGUUCAUCAUCUUCCCCACCAAAAGGAAGGGCAUUGGAUUCAAUGACCCAACUCAACAGAAGGUCGUCCAUUCCUUGAAUAAAGUUUGA